AUUAUUUUUUAGGAGUUUGGCAACGCCGCGACGAAUACAACCUUUGGACCCCCAACCCUCCCCUUGCAUUUUAGACAAUCUCUGUCUGUGACUGCUUGAGAGAAAAUGGCUCGUGUUUUGGUUGGAGUAAAGCGUGUGAUCGACUAUGCCGUCAAGGUGCGCGUCAAGCCCGAGAAGAAUGGCGUUGUCACACAAGGCGUCAAGCACUCGAUGAAUCCCUUCGACGAGAUCGCCGUCGAGGAAGCUGUCAAGCUGAAGGAGAAGAAGCUGGCUGGCGAGAUUGUCGCCGUCUCCGUGGGUCCCACGCAAUCCCAGGAGGUUAUCCGCACAGCUUUGGCCAUGGGUGCGGAUCGCGGCAUCCAUGUGGAGGUCCCAGCAGCAGAGUACGAGCUGCUGCAGCCAGUGCACGUGUCCAAGAUUCUCGCCAAGCUGGCGCUGGAAGAGAAAGCGGAUCUGGUGAUUCUCGGCAAGCAGGCCAUCGAUGAUGAUGCCAACCAGACGGCUCAAAUGACAGCCGCUGUUCUCGACUGGCCCCAGGCCACGUUCUGCAACAAGGUGGAGAAGACGGACGCAGGCUUGACGAUUGUGCGCGAAAUCGACGGUGGUCUGGAGACCAUUAAGACUAAGACGCCGGCUGUGCUGAGCGCUGACUUGCGGCUGAAUACGCCACGUUACGCAACUUUGCCCAACAUCAUGAAGGCCAAGAAGAAGCCUCUGAAGAAGGUGACACCCAAGGAUUUGGGCGUCGAUACCACGCCACGCAUUGAGGUCAUCUCCGUGGAAGAUCCGCCAGUGCGUCAAGCUGGCGCCGUUGUUGCCGAUGUAGAUGCUUUGGUGGCCAAGCUGAAGGAAGGCGGCCACGUCUAAGAUGCAAAAUUUUGAAGUCGUUGCACUUGGACACUCCAAAUAAACUGCCUGCCUGCCUCCCUCUGCUCCAUAUGGUGUGAUCCACAGUCGGAGCCAAAGGUCAAAUGCUCAAUUUUGGUAGAAACUUUUGUUUGUUCAAUUCUCUUAAACUAAGUGUGGAGUAAAUACAAGAUUAUGUGAUUGGGAAAUGCGGUUUAUAAAGCCUAAAGGAUAGAUAGAACGAUAGAUUCGGAUAUUUAUAUAGAAUAUACUAGCUUGAUUGAAUUUAUAAAGGUAAAAGAUCAAAAUUUGUGGUAGAAAUAUUUAUUUGUAAUUUCAUUCUUGGAUAUGCCAUUUAUAAAAAAUAUAUAAAUAGAUGCUUAAAGAUUAUGAACGAUAGACAUGGACAUAGAAAUUACAACUAUUUGUAAUAUAUUUGCUAAUAUAGUAUAUAAUAUAUCUUGAUUCAGUGGGAGAUAAAGGUAAAUGCUCAAUUUGCUUGGUAAAAACUUUUAUUUGUAAUUUGUCCUUACACUAUAUAGAGUAAAUAUGAGGAUUAUGUUGCAAAUGCAGGUUAUAAAAAAUAGUGUGUAAGUAGAACAGAUUAAAACAUUAC